AUGUCUGACUCAAAUUCUGGGUAUACGGAAACAGGUACUGGAGGAGAUGUCUUCCAGGUUGAUUUGAGUAAACAGUUUGAAGGCGCAGAUAUGGCAUGGAUAGGCACAGCUUCAGUAUUGGUCUGGCUAAUGAUCCCCGGUGUUGGUUUAUUAUACUCGGGUCUUUCGAGAAAGAAACAUGCAUUAUCAUUGAUUUGGGCAUCUUUGAUGGCUGCUUGUGUUUCUGCUUUUCAAUGGUUUUUUUGGGGCUAUUCAUUAGUAUUUGCUCAUAAUGGCUCGAAAUUCCUUGGUACCUUACAAAAUUUCUGCUUGAAGCAAGUUUUAGGUGCUCCUUCCGUGGUUAAAACUUUACCCGAUAUUUUAUUUUGCUUGUAUCAAGGUAUGUUUGCCGCAGUAACGGGGAUUUUGAUGGUUGGUGCAGGAUGCGAACGGGCAAGAUUAGGUCCCAUGAUGGUUUUCUUGUUUAUUUGGUUGACCGUGGUUUAUGCGCCAAUUGCAUACUGGACAUGGGGUGGUAAUGGUUGGUUAAUUAGUUUAGGUGCUUUGGAUUUUGCUGGUGGCGGACCUGUUCACGAAAACUCUGGUUUUGCUGCAUUGGCUUAUUCAUUGUGGUUGGGUAAAAGACAUGACCCCUUGACUAGUGGGAAAGUGCCCAAGUAUAAACCUCAUUCUGUCUCAUCAAUUGUUCUAGGUACCGCUUUUCUUUGGUUUGGUUGGUUUGGCUUUAAUGGUGGUUCAACCGGGAAUGCUAAUAUUAGAUCAUGGUAUGCAUGUGUUAACACGAAUCUUGCUGCUGCUUGUGGUGGGUUAACGUGGAUGUUUGUCGAUUACUUUAGAACCGGUGGGAAAUGGUCAACUGUUGGUUUAUGCAGUGGUGCCAUUGCCGGGUUGAUUGGUAUUACUCCAGCGGCAGGGUAUGUGCCUGUUUACACUGCUAUUGUAUUUGGCGUUGUUCCUGGUAUUGUUUGUAAUUUUGCUGUUGAUUUGAAAGAAUAUUUGCAAAUUGAUGAUGGUAUGGAUGUUUGGGCAUUGCAUGGUAUUGGUGGAUUUACUGGUAACAUAUUGACUGGAUUGUUUGCUGCUGAUUAUGUUGCUAUGAUUGAUGGUACAGAAAUCAAAGGCGGAUGGAUGAAUCAUCAUUGGAAACAAUUGGGCUAUCAAUUAGCAGCUUCGUGUUCUGUUGCAUGUUGGUCCUUUAUUGUAACUUCAAUCAUUUUGUUAGUGAUGGAUAGAAUACCAUUUUUGAGAAUCAGAUUACAUGAAGAUGAAGAAAUGUUGGGAACGGAUUUGGCACAGAUUGGUGAGUUCACUUAUUACAAUGAAAAUGAAGAAAACAAUCCAUAUGUAUUGGAACCAAUAAGAUCAACAAAUGUAAUGAGGGAAAAAUUGAAAGAUUCCGUUUCCAAUAAUCAACAAAAUAACUCAAACCCAAACUCAACGGCGCCGGAAGAACUUAAUGGUAUUGAAGAGGAUCAAGAAGUAAGUGAUAGUCCUAAUAGUAUGGACUCGUCAAAGAAGUGA